AUGUUCUCCUGGCUUGGUUUCGCGAGCAAAACACCACGGAAAGCCGCAGAACGAAAAGACUCUCAAAGCGUCCAUUCAGCAGCAACUGCUGGACAACCCACACCAACAGACGAUCAUAUUGAACAUCACCAAAGUGUCCCACACCACCGAGAUAACGAGCAUGGUUUGCUGGAGCAAUCCUCUAGAACUAUAGAGCCUGCUAAAUUACUGCAGGCUCGCAAAGAACCGAAGAGAGGGAGGUCUCGAGACUCGCACGAUGACAAACGGGGUGGCGACGUGCAAGAAUCACUUUCUCGGCGCGAAACUAGAGACGGGAGUCGAAAGUUGAAGGAGGCUCGGAAAUACGGGAAGGAGGACGUCAGAGCUUUGAUGAAGGACAAGGAGGAGUUGAAGUUGCAACUGAAUGAGACGAUCAGUCGUCUCAAUCACGCCGAGGACACUGGUCAUCGUACGAAGCAAAAACUUCGAAAAGCGGAGGAGGAGCUUCAACAACUUGCCAAGCGAGAUGCCGAAACCACAAACCGCCUCCGCACACAGUUGGAAUCCCAACACCGCCAUGGCCAAUCGUUGGAGGCUAAAAUACGCCAACAAACGGCCGAUAUCAGCGCUCUUAGAGAGCAAUUACGCCGAGCAGAGGCGAAGAAUUCCCAGACCAACCAGUUGUUGGAUGUGAGGAGCGCGGAGCUGAAGGGCGCCCAAGUCUUUUUGACAAAGGCAGACUCGUUCGCAGGAGCGGAUUUGGUCAAAAUGGCGCAAUCAUUGAACUCCGAGAUAUUCCAGGGUGCGGCGUUCAUGUCAGAAGGGUUAGAAUUCGACGAGCUGGCAGGGAGGAAUGCGAGAUUGGAUACACAAGCAAUGGAACGUGCCAAAAUCCUCGUGGGCUCGGUGAUGUUCUCCCAGCUUCUCGCAAGGCUGCCAACAGUCGAUCCCCUUCCUUUACAACUUGCGUUGCAGUCAAUCAUGAUCCUACGCUGUGUACAAAUCAUACAGUCGUUGUGUCCCAUGGAGUACAGAGACCAUAACGAUUUCCUUAAGAAAAUAUACGCAGGGAUCCAAGCAUCGGAGGAACAGGCUGUUGCAGGCCGAUGGCGUGCACUGACACAAGCACAGCUAAGACCUUCUCGAUCAUAUGGCCCACACAUCGCGGAAGAUCUUGUUACCAUCCUGAAAGUCUGUGGGUUGUCGACGAGCAGCUCCAAAUAUCAAAUCAUCAUCCAGGACAUUAAACACCGCAUGUCAACCCUUGAGAAAGCAGCUUUACAACUCAAGGUGGCUCUCAAAGAAGGGGUCACUUCUGUCGAUAUUGAGGCGUUUUAUAUCUCGACCAGGGCUCAAUUCGACCCAACAAACAUGGAUGAUGCGUACGGAGACAGCAGAAAGGAAGCCCGAAACCGGCGCGGGGACGGAGAGCGCAUCAUGUGCACAACGGACAUGGGAUUGCGCAGGGUUCUGACGAAGCGUUCCGCUGAUGGGCAAGCUCAAUCAUACUAUGACGUUAUCCUCAAGCCCAAGGUUGUUUUAGCCUCGUCCUUAACGGACGAGGCGGAGGCUCAAACGGCCUUAGGGGAGCAAUCUAGCAGGUAA